CUUUAAUACUCCAUCAACAGCAAGUAAAAGACAAAAAAACAAAAACAAACAAAAAAAAACAAAAAAAAAAAUCAAUACAUGGCGCACAACCUGGAGACAAAGUCGGAAGUGAGACUCAUCGCUGGGUCCACUACAAUCGCUAAGGCCUCUAGUAGCCGCAGCGUUGCCAGUGGUAGCACUGCCAUUGUCGAACAUGCCGAAAAAAUACCCAAGAUCACGACCAAGGUCGACUAUUCAGUUCUAUACGAGCCAUGGUCCAUCCAUAACUUUUAUAAAAAAGUGAAUUGGAUGCUUGUGGGUUCAUUGCUAUUGAUGCCUAGCUAUGGAUUUUAUAUGGCAUUGACAUCCGUGCCAUUGCAGCAAAAGACGGCCAUUUUUGCUUUUGCAUAUUUUCUCCUCACAAUAUUCGGAAUCACUGCAGGAUAUCAUCGUUUAUGGUCCCAUCGCUCCUACGUUGCUUCACCCUUGCUUCAAGUUAUCCUCAUGAUCGGGGGUACAGGAGCUAUGCAAGGCACCAUCCUUUGGUGGGCUCGUAACCAUCGUGCACACCACCGGUACACCGACACGGACAAGGAUCCCUAUGGAGCGCAUAAGGGUCUACUCUGGUCGCAUAUUCUAUGGUUGUUAAUUCACCAGGAUCCUGCUGCUGUGGGGUGGGCAGAUACCUCCGACCUGGAGACUAACAAAUUGGUCAUGUUCCAGGAGAAACACGAAGUUUGGAUUGUGCCGACGGUCUCCUUGGUUGCUCCAGCUGUGAUUGCUGGAUUAGGAUGGGGUGAUUACUGGGGUGGUUUUAUCUAUGGUGGCAUCAUACGCCAAUUCAUAGUUCAUCAAAGCAUCUUCUAUGUCAACUCGGUCGCCCACUGGCUCGGUGACAGGCCGUUUGAUGACCGUCAUUCUCCAUGUGACCACUUCGUUACAGCAUUGUUAACAAUGGGUGAAGGCUACCAUAACUACCAUCAUGAGUUCCCUCAGGAUUAUAGAUGUGCUAUCAAGAUCUAUCAGUACGAUCCUACAAAGUGGCUAAUCGCCUUUUGCUCAUUCAUUGGUCUUGCUCGGGACUUGAAACGCUUCCCUUCUAAUGAGAUCAAGAAAGGUCAACUCAAAAUGCAGCAAAAGAAGCUCGACAAGGUGAAAUCGACAUUGAUCUGGGGUACACCGAUUGAUCAGCUUCCUAUCUUCUCGUUUGACGAGUUCCAUGACAUGGCUAACAAAGAAGGUCGGGCUGUCACCUUGAUCGAGGGCAUCAUCUAUGAUAUCUCGAGCUUCAUAGACGAACAUCCAGGUGGGCGAAGCUUGAUCCGUAGUGCCAUUGGUAAGGAUGCUACAACAUCAUUCAAUGGCGGUGUAUACGAUCAUUCAAGCGCAGCACGACAUUUGUUGGAGCGGAUGCGGGUAGGUGUAGUUGCUGGUGGUGGUUAUGUAGAGCAUCGACGCAAAGGCACGACUAUUUUGAAUCGUUAA